CGUCUAACAAUUUAUUGGAUGAUUCUUGAUUAUCUUACGACAUGUCUUAAACUUCGAGAGUAUAAAAGAUCCUGUUCAGGCGCUGGUCAGUUAGCUUGUGUUCCGGUAGUCUAGCUCCUCGCCCCGACAAGAAAGUAUUGGUGAUCCGUCCACACUCGAAAGAACAUACUCUAUUAUUGCUAGUUGAGUGGAAAUCCCGAAACUGAUAAAUUACAUCCAUCUUCACUAUGACUCUGAAGUAUCUCAUCACCGGCGCUACGGGUGGUCUUGGCUCUCAAGUACUGUCCUACCUUGUUGCCAAUGUCCCCGCAUCACAUUACGCAGCCGCAUCUUCAAGCGAAGCCAAUCGCAAGCGAUUCGAAGACAAAGGCAUCGCCUUUCGCGUUGUCAACUACGAUGAUCCCCAAAGCCUGGAGGCCGCUUUCCAGGAUGUCGAGAAUCUCUUGUUUGUGAGCACCAACACCUUCGACGUCGCGAAGCGAGAGAAACAACAUCAAAACUUUGUCGAUGCGGCGAAGAAGAUGAAUGUCAAGCAUGUGUGGUAUACAUCUCUUGCCUUUGGCGGGUUCGGGACCUCUGAGGCAGAUGUGCAAAGGGCCCAUCUGCUGACCGAGGAGAUGAUGCGCAAGUCUUGCAUCAAUUACACCUCCAUCCGCGAAGGCCUUUACACCGAGGCAUUCCCCGUCUUUAUGAACUGGUAUCCCAACACCUCAGUCAUGCAUCUCACGACCGACGGACCGAUUGCCUUUACCCUGCGCACCGAGCUAGGAGAGGCCACCGCGCGAUUGAUGAUUCAAGGAGGUCACGACAAGGAAAUCGUGCUUCUGACGGCUCAACAAACCAUCACCUUCUCCGAGAUUAUCGACGUCAUCAAUGAGACCACGGAUCGAAACGUGCGGGUGGAAUUCGUUUCUCCCGAGGAAUUCGUGCGAUUGAAGGCUACUAACGACGAAGGUGGCAAACCAGAGGCAUUUUUCCAGAAGCUGGAGUCGUGGCACCAGGCAAUUGGCAAGGGAGAAGCUGCCACGACGGAUCCGUUGAUGGCGGAAUUGCUGGGGAGGGAACCCACGCCGCCCCGUGAAGCGAUACGGAGAUUGUUGAGGGAAAAUCGCAACUAUGAGUGGCACCAGAACUAUGUGAAUCGGGGCUAAAGUGGUAGUAGUCAGUAUGGAACAAGCAUCAAGGAGAACAUGUUUAUCAUUCCAGGCGUCGUGAUUCGUUGCAUGUGAGUGUCGGGAAAGACGGUGCCAGUGCACCGAGGCAGCAACUCGAGUCUGGAGGGAUGACGGCGGGCCUUGGGUUCGGCCGGGGAAACGUUUCUUGUUUGCUCGGCAACCCAGUCGGGAGUUGCUGCCUUGUUGUAGCCUGAGGAGGUCGCCUGUUGGAAACGGCGAGAAUUGUAUAUACGAGACAGUUUGCAUGAGGAUGAUGUUGGAUAUAGCUUCAAAUUUAUCUAAUUAGUGUUCCUCCUCUUUU